AUGGGGCGGAUACAUAUGUCUAUGGCGGGCUGCUGCUGCUGCUAGCCGGGUGCUGCUAUGUCGCAACCGAGGGACAGGACUAUUUCCGACUAGCACAUCCGAAUCACCUUUGAAAACAAGCUGUACGAGAUGGCUGUGUCGGUGCGAGGCCUCUACUUUGUUGUGACCUUGUUCUUGGGUAGUUUCUUUGGAAGUACCUCCAUGCUGGCUCCAGUUCUGCCACUGAUGCUGUUGUCCCCCGCUUGGUACCGCUGGUUCACGGAUCGAAUCGUUGCGACCUGGCUCACCCUGCCCGUGUCUUUGCUGGAGCUGGUAUUUGGAGUGAAAGUGGUGAUCACAGGUGAUGGUUUUGUACCGGGAGAGCGAAGUGUGAUCAUCAUGAACCACCGCACCCGUCUGGACUGGAUGUUCCUUUGGUGUUGUCUGCUCAGGUACAGCUACCUUCGUCUGGAAAAGAUCUGUCUCAAGGCUGCGCUCAAGGCUGUGCCUGGCUUCGGUUGGGCGAUGCAGGUGGCCUGCUUUGUCUUCAUCAAACGUCGCUGGGAAGUGGACAAGAAGCAUUUGGAAAACAUGCUGGACUACUUUUGUGACAUCAGGGAGCCUCUGCAGCUGCUCCUGUUCCCCGAGGGCACAGAUCUCACUGAUAAUACAAGAGCGAAGAGUGAUGUAUUCGCUGUUCAAAACAACCUGCCAAAGUUUGAGUAUGUGCUUCAUCCCCGUACUACUGGAUUCACCUUCAUCGUGGAGAAACUCCGAAAAGGAGACAACCUGGAUGCCGUCCAUGAUAUUACCGUGGCGUACCCCAAGAACAUCCCUCAGACAGAACGUCACCUGAUCCUGGGCCAUUUUCCACGUGAAAUCCACUUCCACGUCCACCGUUAUCCGGUGUCCUCGCUUCCCAGCUCGUCGUCCGAACUGGAGUCUUGGUGUCGAGAGCGUUGGGCUGAGAAGGAGGUCCGUCUGCGGGACUUCUACUCCAGCCAGCCCCGAGCCUUCGACAGGGACGGGGUUGCCCAAGUGCCACCUUGUAAGUCGGAGCUGCGGGUGGCUCUGAUCAAAGCCGCCUCUCUGCUGUACUGGAGCAGCUUCAUCGCCCUGUGUUUCACCGGCCUGUGGCUGUGGGCUCCCUUCAGGCUCUACACCGUAGUCGUGGUCGGGGUCUAUGUGGGCCAGCAGAAGCUGUUCGGAGGGCUAGAACUACUGGAGUUGGCUUGCCAUCAAUACUGGAAGUCCAGGGGGGCUGACAUUAGUGAGAAGAAAAAGGUAAAUUAAAGAUUAAAGGAAAUUCUGAAUGGAAAUGACACCUUUCCACUCAUAACCAGCAAGUUACCUGAGGUAGAUCUCAAUCACUUGUGUUGGUCUGUUCAGUCCAGGGGGCUGUGGGGAUCUUUAAGGAAUGUGAGGUCCCAUGCUUUAGAAAGACAGAAGGAAGUGUGGCUCCUGGUGGUUUGCAUAGCCUCUGCUAAGAGCUUUACCUUUCUGAGACGAAAAUAAUGGAAUGUGAAGUACUUUAUCCUUGCUGGAUUCAAGGAAUUCAUUUUAAGUGAUGUUCCUUUUGUGCUUUUGAAUAUAUCUGUCCUUGCACAAUCAGUUGUUUAGCUUGCUGUGAGUACAUUUCAUAUGUUGUUCAUGUUUACCGUUGGUUGUUCAAACCCUUAGUGUGGACAGGUGUCACAAAACAAUCCUUAUUGUUGUGCUGUUUUUAUCCUGUGCUAUGUUGUCUUUCGUUGUGUACAUCCUAAAUGGAGCAGAGCCAUAGUACAGAGCAUCUGUACAUAUGAUGACUUGACUCCCACCAAUAUUCAUACGAGCACUGUCAGGAUAGGACUGGUGGGACUAUUUUGUUCAAUCAAUUUCUGUUAGCACUGUUUUGUUUUAAAAAGGAAAAAAAAGGCCAUUUGUAAUUCCAAGACAAUUAUCAAGGAAUAUCCAGGUACAGUAUAUACAGCAUGUGUAUCAUUGUUUACCUUUACUGGGUAUAAUCAGUGUGUUUUUAUUUUCGUUUGUUUGAUUUUUCUCAUUUGACCCUAGGAAGUGGUCUUUUGCUUUCAUUACUAAUUAUGUACAAAAAAAAGCCCCGGGGAAUGAGCAGAUGUGAUGUUUACCCAGCUUAACGUAGGGUAUCUUGUCAGGAAAGGAUACGUCCACAUACCACUAGCAAAGCUGAUCGUGGCAUCACUCAAGCAAUCCUUUUAUGAUGAGAGCAAAUUAACAGACUGAACAUGUGAAAAGCUGUACAAGCUUUGUGAGAGGGAGGGACAACAUCACCCCUCACUGCGCAAUGUGACAGAGGGCCAGACUUGGAGUGGAAAACUGGCCCAGAAGUCGAGCUAAUCCCAAAAAGCCCAGUAAUGCCCAUCUCUGCCCAUGUCCCUCUCCGGAGGACGGGCAUUAAUGCGCCCGCUAAAAUAUGCGAGUGGCAGCUGAGAAAUAUAUAUUCCAAUGGUGCCAAAAAUAUAAAAGGGAGAGAGAAUUUUAAACAGGUUUGGAGCAGAGCAUAAGCUGUAUUUUUAGCCACUGAAUCCUCUUGCCAAUGUUCUUAACCAUCUUAGUCUAAAUGAUUUCUGUAACAAAGGAUCAGCUGCAUCUUGGUCAGAAUGCAGCAGUUCCUCCGACACUGUGCAGUGCAAUGUAGCUUUACGUAAGCCUUAUUUCCUGAUUCAAAUCCGUCAUAAAUCACCACACAGGUUCAUUGUAUAUGUAUGCAACACUAGAGCUCCUGUAGUUUGUGUAAAAGGAUUGAUUCCAAUCACUGUGAAGCAGUUUUACUAUGAGCGUGUAGUAGUUUACCAAACAUGGACAUCUGGUUCUUUAAACGAUGUAAAUUGCUGAACCGCCACAGUCGCCAAGUGUUAGUCCUUCACUUGUUUUGUUUUGAGUUAACUGCUGAUGCUUGACCUCUUCAGAAUAAUUAUCCUCAGGUAAACAAUGUAUACUUUUACAAGUCAGUCUCCUGAAGGAAGACGUAUAUAUAUCCAAAUAAAUCUAUAUCACCAUAUAUAAGCCUCCACUCUUUG